AUGUCAGCGGCAGGGGCGCCUCCGCCCCGCCCCUCACAGACGAUCCCAGCACGCCCCGGGCCGUUUCUGCGAUACCUCCCCCGGGACACGCGGUGGCGCUGCGGCCCCGCCGAGGCCCGGGCUUUCUCGCGCGUUCCUUAUCUCAGGCUCGAGCGGACCCUGAGGGCGGCGGCGACGCGCGGGGCGGCCGCGGCUGUCCCACCUGGCACCCUGGCCCUUCUCUGCUUGGACGGUGUUUUCCUCUCCCCAGCCGAGAAUGACUUUGUCCACACCAUCCAGGAGGAGCUGGACCGCUUCCUGCUGCAGAAGCAGCUGUCAAAGGUCCUUCUCUUUCCCCCACUCUCCAGUCGCCUGCGGUACUUGAUCCAUAGGACAGCAGAGAAUUUUGAUCUCUUGAGCAGCUUCUCCGUUGGGGAGGGCUGGAAGAGGAGGACUGUCAUCUGUCACCAGGACAUCAGGGUACCCAGUUCAGAUGGUCUUUCUGGCCCCUGCCACCCUCCUGCCUCCCACCCCGGCAAGUACCGUGGUCCCCGGCUCACCUCCAACCAGGGAGCGACUGCUGAUCCCCGAGGCACGCGGGGCAUCCGGUGGCAUCGUGGACGCAAGCCAGACCAGCCUUUGUAUGUGCCCCGGGUGCUGCGCAAGCAAGAAGAGUGGGCACCGACCUCUACCCCAGGGCUCAAGGGAGAGGCCCCCGCUGGCAAGGUCCAGGAAGAGCCUGGAGAUGUUGGCCCCGGGGACCCCAACUCUGACCAGGGAGUUCCUGUGUUGAUAACUCAGGGAACAGAGGACCUACGGGGCCAAACCUGUGACAAUGAGCCACUGCCAGACCCUGUUGGCACUGAACCCCUGAGGCCCAAGUGCCACUCAGGGAAGGGAGACAGGGUAGAGAUGGCCAUGCAGCUUGGGUCCAACAUACAGCUGGCCCUGGAAGAAGGAACUGGGAGUCAGCAGGAGAAAAGUCUUGCGGCCGAGGAGGAAGAGGAAAAGGAAGAAGAGGUGGAGGAGGAGGGGCCCGGCAGCUGCUCUGACGACGAUUACAGUGAGCUGCUGCAAGAGAUCACAGACAACUUGACUGAGAAGGACAUUCAGAUAGAGAGGGUCCACAUGGACAUGUCCUCCUUCGUAGAGGAGCUGCCUGGAGAGAAGGACUUUGCCCAUGUGGUGGAGAUCUACGAUUUUGAGCCAGCACUCAAGACCGAGGACCUCUUGGCAGAGUUUUCUGAGUUCCAAGAGACGGGGCUCAAGAUCCAGUGGGUGGACGACACCCAUGCACUCGGCAUCUUUCCCUGCCUGGCCUCAGCUACUGACGCCCUGACCAGGGAGUUCUCGGUGCUCAAGAUCCGGCCCCUCGUGCAGGGAACCAAGCAGUCAAAGCUCAAAGCCUUGCAGAGGCCAAAGCUCCUGCGUCUGGCAAAGGAGAGACCACAGACAAAUACGGCAGUGGCCCGGAGGCUGGUGGCCCGGGCCCUGGGGCUCCAACACAAAAAGAAGGAGCAGCCUGCUGUCCAGAGUGUCCUGCCAUCCUGAGUCCCAAGAGUCCUGUCAAGCUGGAUCUGCACCCCAGGACUACACCGGGGCCCAACACCACAAGCCUUUACAGACGCCAAACAGCCCUGCACCAUUACUGAAGCUUCAUUGUGAGGCAUGGUGGGCUUUAGUUUGUCUAGUCCCAGAAGUUGAGAAAAAAUAAAAACUUAAAAGUUGCUUUAA